AUGACAUCCGCUGUUUCGCGCGGUAGCGGCGCAGCUUCCUUAUCCGAGAACUUGCUGGCUGUGCCCGUUGCUCCCGCCGGUGGCGCGACGCAAGAAGACGUCUUCCGCUAUCAUCUCACGAUCGAGCUAAUGAAGCUAGGCUCACAGCCUGAUACAGCACUGGUUGACAGGCUGGUCAAGCAACACUACCCUGACGUGCUGAAAUAUCGCAGGGAGAUGGAUCAACAACAAGCCAUUGACACGGCGAAACCGACUACAGACAAUAUGGAGAAAGGCGGCCUUGUGCCUACUCCUCCCUCGAGCGAAUCGGGCAGUAUCAGCAGCCCCAUGGACCAAGUAUGGGAAAGGCUGGACGUGGAUCAAAGCGUGGCGUCGAACCUGCUCGAUCUUGACUUUGACGAGCAAGCGAUCCAAGAGGUGGACCCCAUGCUUUAUGUUCCACCCUUUAUGGAUUCGGCAAAAGAAAAUACGACAUUUGCACAGCCGCCUACGUUUAUCCAGGACAAGGUCCAAGAGCGCGAGACGGCACCAGGCUCGCAAUCGAUCGACCCUCUGCUCGUGUUGGGCGCACCUGUACUGCCACAGGACAGGGACCUCUGCCCACCCAUUGAUACCCUCAUUGCACAGCCUACACCCGAGGUGAAAGAAAGUUAUACACAACUCCAGCAUCCUCCGGAGCACGAGGAGGAUGAAGGAGAUGAAUCAACAUUUGUUGCUUUUACGCCGAUGCGUCUGCGCGACGUAAAAGACGAGUUUUCGAAUCGCUCCCUCAGCCCCGAGCCGAGCAGCCUCCGCCCCUCGUUUGAGGAAUACAACAAGCUUUCCAGCAAAGAGAAGCGUCAACUCCGUAACAAGAUUUCUGCACGCAACUUCCGGAACCGUCGGAAGGAAUACAUUACGCUCCUUGAGGACCAGGUUAACCAACGCGACUCAUUGAUCGACAAGCUGCGCGAAAAAAUCUCGUCUCUCUCGCUUGAAAAUACCGCGCUCCGUGAAGAGGCUCGCCAGGCCCAAACCCGCAGCUCCUCUGUCGACGUUUCCAAGCUCCUCGACGCACUGCACAGUGGCGUUGAUUUGCGCAGCAGCACCCCAUCUCAGCUUUUGCCGAAUAUGCGUAAGGAUGUGAGCGCUGCGCCACGCUCAUCCUCGCCCGCGGGUGCGUUCUGGAACGCCAAGACAAAGCUGGCGUCCUCCGCAACGCUUGUAGCAUAG